UCCCUUCUUCUGUCGUGAUUUCUGUCCUGGGGCUCUCGAUCUUCUUGUUUUCGUGUGAAGUUUUUGGGCGGCUGUCGUCUUCUCGGCGGUGUUUUCCGAUCUGGGACGUGACGGAAUCGGUGCGUCUAGGGAUCAUGACGACUGCUGCCAGACCGACCUGGGCACCUGCAAAAGGUGGAAAUGAGCAAGGGGGUACCCGGAUAUUUGGUCCUUCGCAGAAAUACUCAUCCAGAGACCUUGCUGCUCACACGAAUCUAAAACCCAGGAGGGAUGGACAAGACACCCAUGAAGAGUUGCAGAAGAGGAACCUAAGAGACGAGCUUGAAGAGCGUGAACGCAGGCAUUUCUCGUCAAAGGACAAGUCCUACAUCGAUGAUAGAGAUCGCCGGAAAGGAGGGCAGCUUCUCUUGGAAGGAUCAAAGAGGGAAGUGGAAGAUCGCAUUGUUCCCCGCACAGUGGAUGCAGAUGAUUCCGAUGUGGAUGUCAAAAGUGAUGAUGAAAGCAGCGAUGACGAUGACGACGACGACGAGGAUGACACUGAAGCUCUUUUGGCUGAGCUUGAACAAAUAAAGAAAGAAAGAGCAGAGGAGAAGCUUCGGAAGGAAAGACAGCAGAAGGAAGAAGAACUUAAAAUCAAAGAAGCAGAGCUUCUUCGUGGAAAUCCUUUGCUAAAUAAUCCUACUACUUCUUUCAAUGUGAAAAGGAGGUGGGAUGAUGAUGUGGUCUUCAAGAAUCAGGCCCGUGGUGAAACCAAGGCUCCUAAGCGCUUCGUUAAUGACACCAUCAGAAAUGACUUCCACCGUAAAUUCUUGCAGAGAUACAUGAAGUAGUCGUUUAAAGCUAGAGAGCUUCUAGCAAAGGAAUGUACCUUAUGUGAGAACUUGCAAAUAGUUUGUUUUUGGAUUUUUUUGUGCAAGCAGCAAUCUGAAGUCUGAUUUUCAGAUCUGAAUUUACCUUUUCACCGCACUUCUUAAUCCUGGAAUAUGUUAUUCUUAGUAAA